AUGAUGCUGCAGGCAGAGGGGCAGGGAACGAGCAAGGGGGCUCGGUCAUUCCGGGCCAGCGGCAAAGGCUUUGUGCAGCUGAAGUGCCUCACGGCGCUGAGCGGCGAACAGAAGCACGACCUCCUCUACCGUGUCGGCACGAGCGCCGUCGCCGGCCGGCCAGGCGCAGAGCCUCCGCGAGGUCCGGUUCAGCACGACUUCGCGCAGAGCGCCGUCUCCGAGCUGCCGAAGGGCGAGGGCGCGUGGGACUUCACGAGCUGCGUCGACCAAGCCACGCAGAAGUUCACGGUGUAUCCCGGCGAUAUUGCCGCAGACGACUGA